UUGUGGCUCAGAUUUGGGUGAAGGUCUGUUUCAUAUUCUCUCUCCUGUCUCUGAGAUAGGAAGACACUUACACUGUCACCUGCAUCCUGGAUGAGGCUCAUUCCCUUUGCACACGUUAUAAAUUUGUACAGCAUUAGCGAACCUCAGCCAUAAACUUCAUCCGGCCACAAGAGUGUGCUUGUGAGGUGACUGCAAAAUUGUUCUUCCAAACCAGAAUUAGCCGGUAGAGGAAAGAAAGAGCGUGGAGAUUUGAAAUUGCACCGACUGGAAGCUCAGGUUAGGUCCCGGAACCUCCAAACGUACCCUUUUAAAAUCCACAAGGACUGAGGCCCGGAGCCUCCAGCUCCAAAACGUUCGCGUGGCCUGGUUCGCGUGGCAAGCAGUCCGGAGCCCCGCACCGAGUGCCCGGAGCCGGUGGAACACCCAGCCGCAGGCAGCGCAUCUCCAGGAUGAUAGGCGACAUUGCCACAAAUCCCGACGCUCAGCCGCGCGGGGGGCAACGAGGAAGACAUCCAGUUCCGAGCUCCGAGCCGGAAGCCGAGUGAGGCCGCAGCCUCGCGGGCGGCGGACGGUACCGUCAAGUUGGUUCCGAUUCAUAGUGACCCUAUGAACAACAGAAUGGAACACUGCCUGGUCCUGCACUAUCCUCACAAUCAUUGUUAUGCUUGAGCCUACUUGGUUCUGUGAAAAAAAAAUCUUAGAAAAUGUAUACAAGUCAUGAAGACAUUGGGUAUGAGUUUGAAGAUGACCCCAAGGAUAAGAAGACACUUAAACCCCACCCAGACAUUGAUGGCGGAUGGGCCUGGGUGAUCGUCCUUUCCUCUUUUUUUGUGCACGUCCUUGUCAUGGGCUCCCAGAUGGCCCUGGGAGUGCUCAACGUGGAGUGGCUUGAAGAAUUCCACCAGAGCCGCGGCCUCACGGCCUGGGUCAGCUCCCUCAGUAUGGGCAUCACCUUGAUUGUGGGGCCUUUCAUCGGCUUGUUCAUCAACACAUGUGGGUGCCGCUGGACAGCGAUCAUCGGCGGGGUGGUAAACGCCCUCGGCUGGGUGUUGAGUGCCUACGCCGCAAGCGUGCACUAUCUCUUCAUUACAUUCGGCGUGGCAGCUGGCUUCGGGAGUGGGAUGGCCUACCUCCCAGCGGUCGUCAUGGUGGGCAGGUACUUCCAGAAGCGUCGCGCCCUGGCGCAGGGCCUCAGCACCACAGGGACGGGGUUUGGCGCCUUCCUAAUAACCGCUCUGCUGAAGUACCUGUGUGCCGAGUACGGGUGGCGAAACGCGAUGUUCCUCCAAGGCGCCGUUUCCUUAAACCUCUGUGUUUGUGGGGCGCUCAUGAGGCCGCUCCCUUCCAGGAAGGACAGAACCGACCCAACAGAGAAAGACCCGCCAGGCCUUCCGGCUUCCUCCACCGAGUCUGUGAAAUCCAGUGGGCACGGGGGCAGGGCCGAAGAGAAGGAUGGUGCGUCAGCCAACGAGGAGGCCCUUUGUGACCUGCAAGGCCAGGAGUGCAAGGAGCAGGCCCAGCCCGGGAAGAACAUGUGUGCGCUGCGGGCCCUCAAGACCAUGAGCCAGCUCACCCUGCGCGUCAAAAAGGGCUUCCGGGACUGGUACUCGGGCUAUUUUGGGACAGCCUCGCUCUUCACCAAUCGAAUGUUUGUCGCCUUUAUUUUCUGGGCUUUGUUUGCCUACAGCAGCUUUGUCAUUGCUUUCAUCCACCUCCCUGAAAUAGUCAACCUGUAUAAUUUAGCGGGGCAAAAUGACGUUUUUCCUCUGACUUCGAUUAUAGCAAUCGUUCACAUCUUUGGGAAAGUGAUCCUGGGGAUCGUGGCCGACCUACCGUGCAUCAGCGUUUGGAAUGUCUUCCUGAUGGCCAACUUCACCCUCGUCAUCAGCAUUUUUAUCCUGCCCUUGAUGCACACGUAUGCUGGCCUGGCGGUCGUCUGCGCUCUGAUAGGAUUUUCCAGUGGUUAUUUCUCCCUGAUGCCUGUAGUGACUGAAGAUUUGGUCGGGAUCAAACACCUGGCCAAUGCAUAUGGCAUUAUUAUCUGUGCUAACGGCAUCUCUGCAUUGCUGGGACCACCUUUUGCAGGGUGGAUCUACGACAUCACACAGAAAUACGACUUUUCCUUCUAUAUGUGUGGUUUACUUUAUAUGGUAGGAAUACUCUUCUUACUCAUUCAGCUGUGUGUUCGGAUUAUAGCACAGUCCAGAGAAAAAUACGCAGACGGCGCACAUGUUUAGUGCCAUGUAAUAUUUCCAAUAAGAGUCCUUUGUGUUACUAAUGCCUACCUCACGUGGUCGCUGUGAGGAGCCUGUGGCAUAGCCUGGGACAGGACUUUAUAUGGUAACCGGCACUGUCAUUUGUAAAUGCCAUCGCCACCGCUCCGUUUUGAAAGCAGCACUGCCUUCCUGUUUGAGGAGAAGCAAGGCUGGAAGGUAGUGUUAAAGACUGCAUACAGUUAGGGAUGACCAUGUUCUUCCAAGACAGCCCACUAAAUAAUUUUCGCAAAAGUCCUUAUAACAAUGAUUACCUCUCGCCACCCACUGGGACUAGGGUUUCUGAUAUGGCUUUUAAAACAAAAGACAGGAAAUAAAAGCUUUUCAGCCCAACUACUUCCUUGUAAGGUGGAAAUAAGUGUCCGUAUGCUCCUGGGAAGCAUCCAGGUAGAUGGGUUUUAAGCACAAGAAUAUGACUAGAUUUCAGAAGUUAAUUACUGUAGGAAGCUAUUGAUCUGCCAGUGUAAUACCAAGGCAGGCUCUAAUCUCAAAGGUAAAAUUCUUUAGUAUAAUUAGAGAACCACAGUUUAUAUUUUUACGGAAGAAUUCUGCAGCAAGGGAAUACCGUUUGUGGAUCUUCCCCUAAGAAAGGACAUUGGCCAUUAAUCCUAAUUCAGUAUUAUCCUGUUAGAAACUGAAUCUUGAGACAAAACCUUAAUAAGUAAUACUAAUGAGCUCCGUAAUGAAAGCCAUAUUUGUGCACACAACCAUUGAAUCAAGGGCUACGAUUCAAGCACGUUUAUUCAUAUCAUUGGUCCCUGUCUUGGGAUAUGAGCAUGAUCUCGGGCUUCCAAACUUCUUUUUCUGAGUUCCUCCUGCCCGAUAAGUAAAAUAGAGAACUAAUUGCUGGCUGGCAUAUCAAGUUGGUGGCAAAGUCAUUUGUAAAGCGUCACCAAUCUAGACUGCAUUAUGAGACCAUCAAGUUGUAACGGUAAUUGGCAGAAUUCCCUUGGUCUAGAUGUCUGCGCUGGAGUAGUGGCAACAAAUAGCCCUCCUCCAGGCCUCUUGUUAUACAGACUUCAUUUGCCUGAGCUGUGCCCAGUUGUUCAAAAUAGUUCUCUUGAUCGAGUUCCUAAAAAAAGAUAACUGAUCUGUGACAUCAGCCAUCAACAAAAGUGCUUCCUUUAUCUGAGAUGUCUAUUUUUCUAAGCCAAACAUGUUUCAGGUUGCAGAAUGUUCUUCCCAGAGCAUCCUGAAAUUUCUGGCUGCCUUACUUGUCUACGGAACCCUGAUGGCACAAGUGGUUAAGCGUUUGGCUGCUAGCCAAAAGGUUGGCAGUUCGAAUCCACCAGCUGCUCUUUGGAAACCGUACAGGGCAGUUCUGCUCUGUCCUGUAGGGUUAUUAUGAGUCAGAAUUGACUCAGCAGCAAUGGAUUUUUACUUGUUUACAUGAAUUUUAGAACUAGUUAAAUUUCUAAAAAAUUUUCCAAUCACAAAAACAUCCUUGAAUAUCAUGGCCAGCUUUUUGGGUCAAAUUUAUCUGAAGUGAAUACAGCUCAUUCUCAAUUAUCCUUGGUGAUUAGAGUCAGGAAUGCCAUUAGAAAUUGGGGUCACAGAAUGUAACCCCUAGCUGAGUUUUAGCAAGAGUUUUUGUCUUUGACUCCACUAAGCUUUUCAGAGGUGUUAGCAAGUGAUUAAAUGGACAAGUAGCUUUUCUGUCUCAUUUGCAUUAUUUCUUGCUCUACUGCCUAGUGGAAGGGAUUCCGUAAUUAAAGGACCACUAAAAAGUAAUAAUACAAGGCAGCUCAUAGAAGGGAGAAACAAAGGCAUGGCUAAUAUAUACACUUGAUAUACCUCCAAUGACUUGAGAAUUGCCUGUAAAUUAUUCUAGAUAGUAUACUGCAUGCCAUACUCCAUUGGCUGCUGUUAAAUAAUCCAGCUUUUUAUUUUCAUAAAGGUAAUCUAAAAUGCUGAGGCAAUGCUAUACAUAUAAAUGUAUAUAUAUGGAUAUAGGUUAUAGAAUUAGAAUGAAUAGAUCGUCCUGUGUUUAAUACUGACUACAUGACUUCAUAACUUCCAUUUUCAGACAACACCAAAUUAAUAAGAGACGGUGUUCACUACUUUGAGUGGUGCUAUAGCCAAUGCAUUUUGAAGCUAGCACAGUUGGUUGUGCAUCGUAGGUAGGAACUUUGUAAUCCAAUGGCCUGGCUUUAAUUGCAUCCAAGUUAGACUUGUUCGUGUUCGGUUUGUGCAGGUGUUUGUCGACUUACUGUGUUUAUGGAAAUGAGGAUUUCUACUAAAUCAGUAGACGUUCCCAUUUUCCAGAAAUAGAACCGAAAGCUGCUGACGAUGUUUGUGUUGAUUACAGACGAUGAAGAAUGCUAUGAAAAAUUACAGCAAAUACAUAAAUGUUUCCUGUUUAAAAUAUGUUAUUAUCUACAGUUCUUUGAAGAUAUUAUAAAGGGUUAACUGUAUAUUUAUAUCAUAUGUGCUUUAUCAUUUUCCCCUCAUAUAUCCAAAUGGUUUUUAUUUACGUAACCUAAAUAAAUGUAUGAGUUGGAAUCAACUUGAUGGCAACGGGUUUAAAUAAAUUUUGUUCUCUUUAAAGAUGUCCAGUGAGUUUUUGUAUAAAACAUUUAUUUUCUCGGCUUUAAGGGGAAUACUCCUAAAAUGUAGCUAGGGCCUAUCUGUCUGGUUUGUUUCCCUGGAA